GUAACGGCCGCCGCUACAUCGGACGCUAUGUGUAGGAACGCGUUUUGCAAAAGAAAAUAAACUCGGCAGCCAUUGCGUAGUCGGGGACGAGUGCUCGCCGUUUUUUUUCGGUACGUCAUAACGAGCGAUAGGAGUUUAGCGUGCGCGUGCAUAAUAUCACUAUUGUUACCUGUUGUAGAAUUCUAAAAAGAAAAUAAUCUUACGGUCAUACAUUUUUUUCAUUGAAGUUAGUUUCGAAUUUUUAAUUAUUUCUCCACCGCCCGUCUAAUCACGUUAUACAUUCGGGAAUAUACGUAAAAAAAAAUAAUUAUCGAUACACAUUAAUGACCGUUGCCCUCGGGUCAUUUGCACUCUGAGUCCUUGACACUUGAUCGUUUCCGUUGCGUGCGCGCUUCCCGCCGUUUUUUUUCUCAUUUUCCGUCGUGCUGUCAUGACAUUGUUCAUUGUUGUGUCGGCGGCACAUCAUUGUGCUCUGCGAUCGUCGUAAAAUCAACUUGUUGUCCGCCGUCGUCAUCGUCGCCGCCACCGCUACUACCACAUCUACUUUACUACUACUUCAAUUACUAUUGGUAUCGAUUUUUGCAGCCAUGUAUUCGCAAAUCAACACGCUAUUCAGUCAGGUUCAGUUCAACCACAUUUACGUGGAGGGCAGUAUACUCCUUGUACUUCUGUGGAUAUUAUUUAAAAAAACGGCAAGUUCUUCAAAUCCAAAAAAGGUUGAACAAUCAGAAAACCCGGACAUCGAACAAAAGAUAAAAUUGUGGACUCCAAAACCUUUGGUAAAUACAACUUCCCCAUCUGCGUUGCCAAUGGAAAACUAUAUCAUUGAUGGCAAGACUGAACAUUGUAUUACAAUUAAUGGCCGGUCGUGUAUAAAUUUCGCCACCCACAAUUAUUUUAAUUUUAUCAGCAAUAAGUGUAUUGAAAACAAUGUAGUGGAUGCGGUGAAUAAGUAUGGCAUUGGUUCUUGCGGACCCAGGGCAUUUUACGGAACAUUUGAUAUACACAUUGAAUUAGAAGAGAAAAUCGCUAAAUUUAUGGAAAUGGAAGAAGCCGUUAUAUACUCUUAUGGGUUCUCUACGGUGACUAGCGCCAUCCAAGCAUACAUUAAGUCUAGAGACAUUGUAUACGUGGACGAAGAAGUGAACUUCGCCAUACAAAAAGGUCUGCAAUCUUCUAAAGCUGAACUGGUGUACUUCAAACACAACUGCCCAGAAGACUUGGAACGGUUGAUCUUAGAGAAAAAUGCAACAAAGAGAAGAAAAAACAGAAGAGCGUUCCUAAUUGUCGAAGGAAUUUAUAUGAAUACCGGAAAUAUUUGCAACUUGCCAAAGAUGAUUGACAUUCGAAUAAAACAUAAGAUCCGGAUAUUCAUUGACGAAACCAUAUCAUUUGGCAUUCUUGGCGAAAAAGGUCGCGGAAUUACUGAACACUUUAAUAUACCGAAAGACGAAGUUGACCUGAUCAUUGGAAGUCUAGAGACAGCUUUGUCGUCAGUUGGUGGUUUUUGCGUAGGAUCAACAUUUGUUGUCGAACAUCAGAGGCUGUCUGGUCUUGGCUACUGUUUUUCUGCAUCGUUACCGCCACUACUAUCAGCAGCCGCCAUUAAAGCUUUGGAUGAGAUUGAAAAACAUCCAGAAAUGUUGGCAAAACUGCGAGAAAGGAGCACAAGUCUACAUAAAAGUCUUCGUAAUAGCCAAUUGAUCAAACACUUUACUCUUGGGUCUGAUGAAUCAAGUCCACUAAAACAUUUGUAUCUAAUAGAUAAUUCUCUAUUACACUCUGAACAACAGAAAAUAUUGAAAAAAAUUGUUGAUUACUGUAUAUCAAAAGGAGUAGCGAUAACAACGGCUGCGUAUUUGAAUGAUCGUGAAUACAAGAUUCCCACUCCCAGCAUCAGACUUCUCUCAAGUAUUAAAAUAACAGAUGAAGAAAUCGACUCCCUUAUAGAUACACUGUUGCAAGCGGUCACUGUUUCGAACACUUAAAUUGUAUAUCUAAACGGUGCUGUUUGUUUCUUGUCAGUCAAAUACAUAAUAUCUGUUAGUUGCUAUCUACUUAAAUAUCGUAAAAUGAUACCUACCUAUGUUACAAAAUGUGAGCUGUAAAUUGUAGUUAAUGUUUAUAAAUUUUCCUGAUGUCAAUACACCUAAAUGGACGAUGUGAAAUCGAUUAAAAAUAAACUUUUGCUUAUUACAACAAUGGAAAUAAAAGCAACAAACUGUAAUAUUA